AUGAUCGGCAAGCUUCUGAUAGCUCUGGUACUACCGACAGUUUCCCUGGCCGCCGUUCAAUGCUACGUUGGGCAGAAACUUUUCAGCUUUGAAUCCAGUAAUGUGAGUUUGCCGUUUCAGAAUAUUUUGAAAGUUUUCAAUUGAAACUCCAGGCCGUUUGUGCUAAGUUUAUCCCGUACACUUGCGCAGUCCAAUGCGAAUGGAGAAGACAGUGCAAUGAACACUCGGCUUUCUCAGUUUUCCGAGGACGGCGGACGUUUGUCUCAGGAGUCUUGUUGAACUCGAAGUCGUUGAUGGUCUUGUGCUGUGCCUCUCUUGCUACUCGCGUUGAAACAGGUAUAGUAUAUUGACUUUUGAUUUGAUUUUCACGAUUUUUUUGGAAGAUCCCCUAAAAAGAAAACUCAACCGACUAGCAAAUUAACGUGCAAAAAAAGUUGAGACAUCAUUUUGUUUCGAGUUUUUGAACUGAAACGGAUGAAAUAAAUUAUUGCGGGAUUAUUUUUCACAAUCAGUGAAUUUUUUUGUAAUAUUACCUAAUCAAGCCAUUCUACGCGCGACUGGAAACAAGAAACUAGUUCAAAAACAGAUGUCUAAAUUGUUUUUAAAUUGUCUUGAAACAAAAAAUGGUCCAAAUACGGUCAUGAAUGACAAUUUUCCAACUUUACGAUCCUAAAAAUAUUUUCAGACAGUGCCGGUCGCGAAAAGUGCAUCUGGAGAGAGAAAGAAUCAAUCGCCGUUCUUGGGCCUUCCAUCAGAACCAACCCAGUUUUGGCGCCAAAUCAUUAUAUUCGGUAAAUUGUAUCAUGAACUGCAAAUGCACGAAAUGAGUUUUAGCGACGUGAAAAUGGAUCGUGACGGAUCUUCUCGUGUCGACGUUGCUUUGGAGAUUUGCCAGUAUCAAUCCGAAAGAGAUCAUUGUAACGUCGAGGUUAGUAUAGUUCACUCGCAGAAAUUUUUUCAAGCUUUCAAAAAAAAAAAUAAUAUUUUUUCUUAUUCAGCAAAUGACAGACAUCGAGAAGCGCCGAUUCAGCAUCAUCCAGUCGAAGCUUCAAAAAGUCGAAAACCUUUCUUCCACAACUUCCCCCGAUAUCAAGUCAUCUGACGAGGACGACCUCGUACGACAAUCUUGA